AUGGUUCAGAUGGGGAGCAAGAGCUGGCAUGAGUCAAAGGUGCUGUGGCACAUCGCGCUCCCGGCGAUCCUCACCACCGUGUUCCAGUUCUCCAUCGGCUUCGUCACCAUCGGCUUCGUCGGCCACAUCGGGGAGGUCGAGCUCGGCGCCGUCACCGUCGCUAUAAACGUCAUCGAGGGCUUCGCCUACGGUGUCAUGGUUGGCAUGGGCAGCGCACUGGAGACGCUAUGCGGGCAAGCGGUGGGUGCGGGGCAGGUUGACAUGCUCGGCGUCUACAUCCAGCGCUCUUGGAUCAUCUGCGGCGCCACCGCGCUGGCACUCGCGCCGACCUAUGUCUUCACGGCGCCCAUCCUGCGGGCGCUCCACCAGCCCACUGCCAUCUCCGCCGUUGCCGGGCGGUACACACGGUUGGUCGUCCCGCAGUUGUUCGCUUACGCCGCCAACUUCCCGCUGCAGAAGUUCUUCCAGGCGCAGAGCAAGGUCUGGGCCAUGACCUUCAUCUCCGGCGCGGGGCUCGCCCUCCACAUCGUGCUUAACUACGUCUUCGUCACCCGCCUUGGCCACGGCCUCUUUGGCGCCGCCAUGAUCGGGAAUGUCACCUGGUGGAUCAUUAUCGUUGCGCAGUUCGCCUACCUCGUCUCCGGCUCCUUCCCGGAGGCGUGGAAGGGGUUCUCGGUGCUGGCCUUCAAUAAUCUCACCGCCUUCGUCAAGUUGUCGCUCGCCUCUGCAGUCAUGCUCUGCUUGGAGCUGUGGUACUACAGUGCAGUGCUCAUCCUUGUGGGUCUCCUGAAGAAUGCUCAACUCCAGGUUGACGUCAUGUCCGUUUGCAUCAAUUACCAGCUCUGGACCCUUAUGGUGGCAAUAGGCUUCAAUGCAGCAGUGAGCGUUAGGGUGUCGAACGAGCUGGGCGCGAACAGGCCUAAGGCGGCCAAGUUCUCCAUGAUCAUAGCGGUGUCGACGUCGGCCGCCAUCGGGGCGGUCUUCCUCGCCGUGUUCCUCAUCUGGAGGACCGAGCUGCCACGGUUCUUCAGCGACAACGACAGGGUGGUGAAGGGAGCUGCAAAGCUUGGCUACCUUCUUGCAGCAUCCAUCUUCCUGAACAGCAUCCAACCUGUGCUCUCAGGUGUGGCGAUAGGAGCAGGGUGGCAGACGCUUGUGGCGUUCAUAAACAUUGUGUGCUACUACUUGUUUGGCAUCCCACUGGGAGUCCUCUUUGGCUUCAAGCUAAAACUUGGUGCAUUGGGGAUUUGGGUGGGCAUGUCAAUUGGCACGCUGCUGCAGACUGCUAUACUUCUCAUAAUUUGCUUCCGAGCCAAGUGGGAGAAUCAGGCUAUGUUGGCCAAAGAGAGGAUAAGGAAGUGGGGAGGAAGCAGCCAAAUAUUGCCGGCGGCCACACCAACGGCGACAGACGAUAUCAUAGAUCAAUAA